AUGUCUCGACUCGUCCUCGGCCUCAUGGCCGUUGCCGGCCUCCUGGGCUCGGCAGACGCCCAAAGAUUCGACAACAGCACGUCCGGCGAUAGUGCCACCGUCAAGUGGCUCGGCCGCACGCCCUCCCAGAACACCGGUACUACUUUCGGCUUGCCCUGGGCCAGGGGCAAGCACUACCCCAACUCGACCGAGUUCACCCUCUCCAGCGGUGGCACUUUGCAGUCGUGGGUUACGGCCUACUGGCAGGACGGUUCCAUCAAGUGGACUGGCCAUGCGAUCCCCGAGUCUGAUACCAUUCUCGACGAGUACACCGUUAGCGCGUCGUCGGCCAACUCGACGGCUCGCUUCGCCCGUGCCAAGAGGCAAUCUAGCACCGGCCUGGUCGUGACUGACUCGUCCGACUCCGUAAGCGUCGACACCGGCAAGCUCUCGCUCUUGUUCCCCAAGUCGGGCAACGUUGUUGUCAGCGAGAUCAAGACUGCCUCUGGCAAGACCAUCGGCCAGAACGGCAAGCUGGUUCUGCACUCGCAGUCUGGUGUUGAAGACCACCCCGAGAACAAGGGCAAGUCUGAAAUCAACUACUUCAACUUUGAGAGCAACAUCGAGGAGGUUACCGUCAGCAAGGACAACGUUGCCCGUGCUCUUGUUACCGUCCGUGGCAAGCACCAGACCAAGGAGGGCGGCCACGCCGACUGGCUCCCCUUUAUCCUUCGCUUUUACACCUAUGCCAACUCCGAGGCUGUUCGCAUCGUGCACACCGUCAUCUAUGACGGCAAGUCCGAGGAGGACUUCAUCAGCGGCCUUGGUAUCAGAUUCGAGGUUCCUCUCGCGGGAGAGGAGCAGUACAACCGUCACGUCAGAAUCUCUGGCGUUGAUGGUGGUCUCCUUAACGAAGCUGUCCAGGGAAUCACCGGUCUGCGCCGCGACCCUGGAGCCCAGGUCCGUAAUGACCAGUUCGAGGGCGUGGAGCUCGCCGACCCUGCGACUUGGGAUCAGAGAGUCACCACCAGACUUCACUGGAUCCCCACCUGGAGCGACUACAGCCUGACCCAGCUCUCUCCUGAUGGCUUCACCCUGAAGAAGCGCACCAAGGCUGGUCAGAGUUGGAUCAACAUCCCCGGUGGUACUCGUGCCGGCGGUCUUGCUUACCUCGGUGGUGCCACCAAGGGUGGUCUCGCCGUUGGUCUGCGCAACUUCUGGAAGCGCUACCCCACUGGUAUCGACAUCACCAACGCCGCCACCGACAAGGGUGAGAUCACCAUUUGGAUCUACAGCCCUUCUGCUCCUCCUCUGGACGUUCGUCCCUACCACGACGGUCUCGGCCAGGAAGACUACGCCGACCAGCUCGACGCUCUCGAGAUCACCUACGAGGACUGGGAGGGCGGUUUCGACAGCCCCUACGGCGUUGCCAGAACCAACGAGAUCUUCCUCUACGGCUUUGACAAGACUCCCAACCGAAUCCUACUCUCUGACCUGACCGAGCACACCAACAACCCCCCCGUUCUCUACGGAGAGCCCGAAUACUACGCCGAGACCAAGGCCAUCGGUAACUACUGGGCACCCCCCAGCGCCUCUCCCAGCGCCCAGGCCACCGAGAUCGAGAAGCACCUCGACUUCCUCUUCAAGUUCUACGAAGGCCAGGUUGAGCAGCGCAAGUGGUACGGCUUCUGGGACCACGGUGACUUCAUCCACGCUUACGACCCGGACCGCCACCAGUGGCGUUACGACGUUGGUGGCUACGCCUGGGACAACUCUGAGCUCUCUCCCGAUCUCUUCUUCUGGAACUACUUCUUGCGCACCGGUCGUGAGGACGUCUACCGAUUCGCCGAGGCUCUCGUCCGCCACACCGGCGAGGUCGACGUCUACCACCUGGGUCCCUUCAAGGGUCUUGGUACCCGUCACGGUGUCCAGCACUGGAGCGACAGUGCCAAGCAGGCUCGUAUCUCGACUCCUCAGUACCGCAAGGUCUUCUACUUCAUUUCCGGAGGUGACGAGCGCGUCGGCGAGCUCAUCGAGGAGAUCCUCGACACCGACAAGACCUACGGUAUCCUCGACCCCAACCGCAAGGUCCGCACCGACGGCUGGGUUCCCACCCCCAACGCCUCUGUUGCCGUCGGUCUCGGUACCGACUGGUCCUCCCUCGCCGCCUCCUGGCUGCUCGAGUGGGAGCGCCGCGGCCCAAGGUGGGAGGAGGCCCGCACCAAGUUGGUCAACACGGCCGCCAGCAUUGCCAAGCUCAAGAACGGCUUCGUCACGGGCUCCGGUCUGUACAGCAUCGCCAACGGCACCCUGGGCCCUCCCCCCGCGGAUCCCAACAACGAGGGCCUCGUUGCCGUGUCUCACUUGUCUGCCGUCUUUGGCCUUCUCGAGGUCGUCGCCGAGUUCAUCGAGCACGCCGGCGAGGAGGUGCCCGAGGGCUUCGAGGCUGCGUGGUACGACUACUCGUACUACUACGGCGCCGGCGCCGGCGAGCAGACCGCCCGGUACGGCAAGACCUUUGGCAACCUCAACCUCAAGCAGGGACACUCGCGUCUCACCGCCUACGCCGCGCACCACAACGAGAACGCGACGCUGGCUGCCCGCGCCUGGAACGAGUUCUUCACCACCGACGGCUUCAAGCCGACCUCGCCCUGGAACACUGUCCACUUCAACGGCAGCGCGGUCUUGGCGCCCAUUGAUGAGGCUGCUUGGAUCAGCACCAACGACGCUGCUCUGUACGGCUUGGCGUCCAUUAUUAACCUCGCUCUUGUCGGCGACUACCUGAAAUAA